CAUUUUCAUUCAUUGAUUCAUUCAUAGUUUCUGUCAUUCACUGCGAACAUGUUGAGAGCACUUGGCUUGGCUCGCUCAGUUGCGCGUGCUGCCGCUGGCUCUGCAUUGCCAUCAUCGUCCUCAGCCUCAGCCUCAGCCUCAGCCCCAGGCUCAGCCUCAUCAGCCUCAGCAAUCGCUGCUGCACUCUACUCACAACCCUACACCCAUGCUGGCGCGUGGCUCGCGCAGCCCAGGCGGACCAUGUUCAUCCAGACGCAAGACACGCCCAACCCAAACAGCCUCAAGUUCAUGCCGGGCGUCACGGUCGUCGAUGCUGGCACCUACGACUUUGCAGACUCGCGCGCUGCCGCCACUUCGCCGCUCGCACGCCAGCUCCUGCGCAUCCAGGGCGUCAACCGCGUCUUCUUUGCUCAAAAGUUCAUCUCCAUCAACAAGGCCGACGAAGCCGAAUGGCCUGUGCUCAAGCCGGAAAUCUACGCAACCAUCAUGGACUUUUUCGCAAGCGGACUGCCCGUAGUGGAAGCACCAAAGACAACCGAAGAAGCAGCUACUGAAGAGAACGAAACAGUUAGCAUGAUCAAAGAGCUGCUAGAUAGCCGUAUUCGCCCGAUGGUGCAAGAGGACGGCGGUGACAUCGAGUUCAAGAGCUUUGAGAACGGCGUCGUCAAGCUCAAGCUGAUUGGCUCGUGCAGCACUUGCCCUUCGUCCAAGGCCACCCUAUACGACGGCGUCUCCAACAUGCUGAUGCACUACGUUCCAGAGAUUGAAAAGAUUGAACAAGUUGAAGACGAAGUGGACGAAAUUUCCAACGCGCAGCUCGAAAAGCUCGAAGAUCGUCUCGAGGAUCGCAUCCGCACCAAGCCAACCACCCCCGCGCCAUCCUCUGCAUGAUUGCGUGUCGCCUUGUGUGUGUGUGUUUUUUGGUAUUGUGGGGGGGGAGGGCCUAGUGUUCAGCGCAGUUGGGUGCUUGUGCUUUGGCAGUAAAACCGAGCUUCCUUUCAAUACACUUUGUUCUUCUCUC